AUGGCAGACAUCACAGUUCCUAUGCUCGACAAGCGCAUCAAACUUGUGGUAGGAAUAGAUUUUGGCACCACUUUUAGCGGGUAUUUUUACGUCAAUGGGCUCUUCGCUGAUUGCUGCAGCAUCUGCUGGGGGCUGGAGGGUGAUGAUGAUAUUGAGGUUAUUCAGGAAUGGCCUGGAAAGUUUAAUGUUGUACAAGUCACCUCACCAAAGGCUCCUUCUGUUCUUGCAUACCAAUAUGACCAUGUUAGAUGGGGGUAUCAGGUCGACGAAAUGAAAGAAGCAGUGAGGGGCGUAAAACUGUUGCUGGAUAAGAGUAAGGAGCUGAAGUUUGGGCCUGCUAUCGAAAGCGAGCAUAUUAUCGAGAAGAUGUUUCGAACCCCCGUUGAUGUUGCAGCUGAAUAUCUGAAGGAGAUCUUCACACAUGCCAAAUGCAUUCUCGAACGACGAGGAAUUGCCAGUUUGAUGAAGAACAUGGAUGUUCAGUACAUCUUGACCGUGCCAGCAAUAUGGUCCGACAAGGCCAAAGAUUUGACCAUGCAAGCCGCCCAUCGCGCUGGCAUCCCGGAGUCUGGUCUCCUUCUCCUCUCUGAGCCUGAGGCAGCCGCAAUUUAUACUAUUCGCACAAUCCAGGCAAACUCCAUCGCCAAAGGUGAUUCUUUCAUAGUCUGUGACGCGGGCGGCGGAACCGUGGACCUUAUCACCUAUCGGAUUACGCAAACGGAACCGAUCAGGAUGGAGGAAAUCGUAGAGGGCACAGGAGAGGUAUGUGGCUCAGUAAUGCUGGAUGAGCGAUUCGAGGCUUUCUUGUCCAAUGCAGUUGGGGAAACGCGAUACCUAGGAUUGCCCGAUUCUAGUAAGCGCCAUGCGCUCCUGAAGUGGCAGAACGACAUUAAGCCUUCGUAUUCGGGUCCUGAAAAAGACGAAUUCCUUGACGCGGGUUACACGGUACCCAUUCCGGGUGUUCCAGAUUUCCCGGAGAAGCAAAUUUAUCAGGGUAUGCUUCAUUUGGAAAACGAGGAUGUUCAGCAGAUCUUUGACGCUGUGGUGGAGAAAAUUGAGAUUCUGAUCUACGGCCAGCAAGAAAAGGCCAUCAAGGCCGGUGCAGCUCCAAAGGCUAUUUUCCUUGUUGGCGGUCUUGGUGCAUCGGAGUAUCUCUACAAGAGGCUAUCAAAACGAUUUGACGGGCUUGAUAUCAUGCAACCAAAGAAUGCUGGUGCUGUUUACCGUGGGUUUGAAGGAAACCAAAUCCAAGAACGUAAAUCUCGCUGUCACUACGGCGUGAUAUAUCACACCUAUUUUGAUUCCAAUCUUCACAAAAAGAAAGAUAGAUUUUGGUGUCCAUACGAAGAGAGAUGGAAAGCUAAUGGUAAUAUGCGGUGGUACAUUCACAGAGGCGAUGCUUUUUCUGAGGGAAAGCCAGUAUCCUUUCCUUUUUACAGAACUGUUCCUCUGGAUGGUUCAUUCGUGUUCCACGAUUAUCUGCAUGUCUGUGUAAUGGAGAAAGCGCCAGCCCUUUUUGGAAAUGGUGAGUUCUUCCAAAAGAGUGUGGCUCAGCAUUGUAGGCUCGAAUCAGACUUGAGCAAGAUCCCAAAGAAAUUAUUUAAGAUUCAUACGAAUUCUCGGGGAAUUCAGUACUAUCGUGUCAACUACAAUAUGGUUCUGACGCCUCAAAGCAUAACUUUGCUCUUUGAAGUGCAAAUGAACUCCAUGAGCUACGGAACCGUACGAGCUCAAUACUACUAG